UUAAAGGCAGAACGACUCUGGAGGAAGGAAGGUGAUGAAGGUAGUGAAGGUGAUGAAGGUAGUGAAGGUGAUGAAGGUAGUGAAGGUGAUGAAGGUAGUGAAGGUGAUGAAGGUGGUGAAGGUGAUGAAGGUGAUGAAGGUAGUGAAGGUAGUGAAGGUGAUGAAGGUAGUGAAGGUGGUGAAGGUGGUGAAGGUAGUGAAGGUGAUGAAGGUAGUGAAGGUGAUGAAGGUGGUGAAGGUGGUGAAGGUAGUGAAGGUGGUGAAGGUAUUGAAGGUGAUGAAGGUGAUAAAGGUGGUGAAGGUAGUGAAGGUGAUGAAAGUGGUGAAGGUGAUGAAGGUGGUGAAGGUGAUGAAGGUAGUGAAGGUGAUGAAGGUGGUGAAGGUGAUGAAGGUGGUGAAGAUGAUGAAGGUGAUGAAGGUGGUGAAGGUAGUGAAGGUGGUGAAGGUGAUGAAGGUAGUGAAGGUGGUGGAGGUGAUGAAGAUGAUGAAGGUGAUGAAGGUAGUGAAGGUGAUGAAGGUAGUGAAGGUGAUGAAGGUAGUGAAGGUGGUGAAGGUGGUGAAGGUAGUGAAGGUGAUGAAGGUAGUGAAGGUGAUGAAGGUAGUGAAGGUGGUGAAGGUGAUGAAGGUGGUGAAGGUGAUGAAAGUGGUGAAGGUGAUGAAGGUGAUGAAGGUGGUGAAGGUGAUGAAGGUGAUGAAGGUGGUGAAGGUGAUGAAGGUGGUGAAGGUGAUGAAGGUAGUGAAGGUGAUGAAGGUGAUGAAGGUAGUGAAGGUGAUGAAGGUGGUGAAGGUAGUGAAGGUGAUGAAGAUGAUGAAGGUGGUGAAGGUGAUGAAGGUGGUGAAGGUAGUGAAGGUGGUGAAGGUAGUGAAGGUGGUGAAGGUGAUGAAGGUGGUGAAGGUGAUGAAGGUGGUGAAGGUGAUGAAGGUGGUGAAGGUAGUGAAGGUGAUGAAGGUGAUGAAGGUGAUGAAGGUAGUGAAGGUGGUGAAGAUGAUGAAGGUGAUGAAGAUGAUGAAGGUGAUGAAGAUGAUGAAGGUGAUGAAGGUGGUGAAGGUGAUGAAGGUAGUGAAGGUAGUCAAGAUGAUGAAGAUGAUGAAGGUGAUGAAGGUGAUGAAGAUGAUGAAGGUGGUGAAGGUGAUGAAGAUGAUGAAGGUGGUGGAGGUGAUGAAGAUGGUGAAGGUGAUGAAGGUAAUCAAGGUGGUGAAGGUGAUGAAGAUGAUGAAGAUGAUGAAGGUGGUGGAGGUGAUGAAGGUGGUGAAGGUGAUGAAGGUGGUGAAGGUUGUGAAGGUGAUGAAGGUGGUGGAGGUGGUGAAGGUAGUGAAGAUGAUGAAGGUGAUGAAGGUGAUGAAGGUGGUGAAGGUGAAGAAGGUGAUGAAGGUGAAGAAGGUGAUGAAGGUGAUGAAGGUGGUGAAGGUGAUGAAGGUGAUGAAGGUGAUGAAGGUGAAGAAGGUGAUGAAGGUGAUGAAGGUGGUGAAGGUGAUGAAGGUAGUGAAGGUGAAGAAGGUGAUGAAGGUGGUGAAGGUGAUGAAGGUGAUGAAGGUGAAGAAGGUGAUGAAGGUGAUGAAGGUAGUGAAGGUGAAGAAGGUGAUGAAGGUGAUGAAGGUAGUGAAGGUAGUGAAGGUGAUGAAGGUGGUGAAGGUGAUAAAGGUGGUGAAGGUGAUGAAGGUAGUGAAGGUAGUGAAGGUGAUGAAGGUAGUGAAGGUGAUGAAGGUGGUGAAGGUGAUAAAGGUGGUGAAGGUGAUGAAGGUAGUGAAGGUAGUGAAGGUGAUGAAGGUAGUGAAGGUGAUGAAGGUGGUGAAGGUGAUAAAGGUGGUGAAGGUGAUGAAGGUAGUGAAGGUAGUGAAGGUGAUGAAGGUAGUGAAGGUAGUGAAGGUGAUGAAGGUGAUGAAGGUGGUGAAGGUGAUGAAGGUGAUGAAGGUAGUGAAGGUAGUGAAGGUGAUGAAGGUGGUGAAGAUGAUGAAGGUGAUGAAGGUAGUGAAGGUGAUGAAGGUGGUGAAGGUGAUGAAGGUGGUGAAGGUGAUGAAGGUGGUGAAGGUGAUGAAGGUGAUGAAGGUGAUGAAGGUAGUGAAGGUGGUGAAGGUAGUGAAGAUGAUGAAGAUGAUGAAGGUGAAGAAGGUGAUGAAGGUGGUGAAGGUAGUGAAGAUGAUGAGGUGGUGAAGGUGAAGAAGGUGAAGAAGGUGAUGAAGGUGAUGAAGGUGAUGAAGGUGGUG